AUGUUUCUUCGAUCGUUGAAUAUCGUUCUUUUAAGCUUAACAUUUAUAUUAUUAACAACCCUUUGCGAAACAGAAGAAAUUGAAGAGGAUAAACCCAAGGAAGUUAUCUACUCAAAUUCCAUUCGCGCUCUAUCAGAGCUUCGGGAGAUUGAAAAUUCCUAUUUAGAGCAUUUGGCCAGCUAUGUUAGCUCUCUGAGUAAAAAGGUUGAAAAUCUUCGCACGUUCAUUGACAGCGUAACUGGUCGAAAUCUGAACAGCAAAACGGAUCCUAUUCAAUAUGUGUCGAAUCCCCUGAAUUCCUUUGGCCUUGUCAGAAGAUCUCAUGAAGAUUGGCCCAAGUUUAUUGCAUAUACUAAAAUUUUCGAAAAUCUUACAGUUGAGAAUGAGGAGUUGCAAAAACUUGUAAAUCGUACUCCCAGCGCAGAUGAUAUGCGUGAGGCACUCUUGGGAAUGCAUAGGAUAGAGCACUUUUAUGACCUCAAAUCUUCGGACAUGGCCAAUGGUCUUUUGGCAGGCGAACUACUGGGGACCCGAAUGACAGUUCCCGAUUGCGUGGCUUUAGCUGACUUUAUGUACAACCAAUCAGAGUUUAGACGGUCUGCAGAGUGGUAUCGACUAGCUUUGAGUGCUUUGAAUGAGCUUCAGAAUAGCACAGCCAUUCCAUUCCACAUACCAAAUCCAGACGACCUCCGGAAAAAGUUCAUUAUGAGUAGACUUCAAGAAGGUUCCAUUAACAACUUAAGUGACUAUCUGAUGGAACUAACCCAAGAUCGUGAGAUUCCUCUGAUCCAUUUAAGGCCAAAUCCCACUCCAACUGCCAUUGAACGAGGCUGCAGGGGGGAAUUCCCACCAGGACCUCAAUUAGUGUGCCGCUAUAAUAGCACCACAACGCCAUUUAUGCGGAUAGCUCCUCUCAAGGAGGAGGAGAUCAGCAGAAACCCGAUGAUUUGGCUAUAUCACGACGUGAUCUAUGACAGCGAGAUCGCUCAACUGACGAAUAUGACCCGCAAAGAGAUGACACAGGGAACUACAAAUAAUUAUACCACUUCAGGGCAGGUAAGUCGACUUUUUCACGUCAAAGUUACCGACGACGAUGGUGGAAAAUUAGACAAAACUUUGGUAAAUCGCAUGGCGGAUAUAUCGGGCCUCGAUGUUGGCAAUUCAACUUCUUUGGCCAGAAUAAAUUAUGGCCUUGGAAGUUAUUUCCCCGAGCAUAGCGACUACGUGGACAUCAAAAAUCAUCCGGAAUUCACCGAGGAAGGUGAUCGGCUUAUGACGUUUUUGUUCUAUUUGACCGAUGUUCCAGUGGGCGGUUCUACUAUUUUUCCGGCAGCAGAACUAGCUAUCCAGCCGAAAAAGGGUUCCGCCCUCUUCUGGUACAAUCUUCACAACGAUGGCGAACCGAAUCCUUUGACCAGGCAUGCUGUUUGUCCCAUGAUUAUGGGCAACCGUUGGGUUCUGGUCAAGAGCAUGUUAAACUAUGAGCAGAUGUUCACGAAGCCCUGCUACAAGUAGAAGGUUCUAAGGAUAUGUGUAUUAAAACCAUUAUAUUUU